CCCCGCGGCGCGGCGCCGGCCUGUGGCGUCACAGCUGCGGCGUUCGGCGGGGCGCCAUGGCCAUCUGUCAGUUCUUUCUGCAGGGCCGCUGCCGCUUCGGCGACAGGUGCUGGAACGAGCACCCCCGCGGCGGCGGGCGCUACGGGCCCGCGGCACCCCAGCACCAAGGUACUAGCGGAGGAGGAGGAGCAUGGGGUACCACUAACCAGAGAUAUACCAGUGUCAUCCAGCCAUCUACCUUUAAGUCUAAUACGUGGGGUGGCAGCAGAGAUCAUGGAAGAGGAUUUUUUGGCUCCCCUGAUUUUGGAUCAUCAGGCAGCAGCAGCAGAAAUACCAGCUUUUCGCAGAACAGAUUCUCUGCAUUAAUGAACAGUCAAAACACGGCUGAUGGCUAUAAAGAUGAAGAGGAGAGACUUUUCGAGUCUAUAGUGAAAGACAUGGAGAUUUGGGAAUCUUCAGGACAGUGGAUAUUUUCAUCUUACUCACCAAUGAAAGAAAAACCUAACAUCUCAGGCUUUCGAGACUUCUCACCAGAAGAAUUGCAUCUGGAGUAUUACAACUGCACAGCAAACAAUAACAUUCAGAGCUAUAUAAAUUCUGUCCAACAGUUAGCGAAACAAUGGAAAGAUCGGCUGCUUCAGUUAAAAACUUUAACUGCAUCGACAAAAGCAGCUUUGCUGUCUGAAUUAAAGAACACGGUCACUCAACCAUUGCCUGCCUUUGGAUUUGGAGGACAGCAAACAUCAAGCUUUGGGUUGUCAAGUUUUCCUGUGAGCAGCAAUAGUAACAGUGCUAGCAGUUUCUCCUUUAAAACAAGUUCCAGUCUCAUCAGCACAUCAUCUGGAAACACCCCUGCUUUUGGGAGCUCUUCCGCUGGUUGUAAUCCUCCUCCAUUUGGUGUGACGUCCUCUCCCAGCGUAUCCCAUUCUGUUGGUUUUGGCAGCCUGGCAGCUCCAUCUGCAGCCUCCUUCUCAUUUAAAACUUCUGAAACAACUAGUGGUUUUGGAACUUGUGGAUUUUCAGGGUUUGGCAAUUCUUCUGCUGUGAACUUUUCGGGCACCACUCUGCUUACAGCCCUUGGAGCCUCUAAUGCAGCAGUAGGAACUUCUUCCUCAGAUUCAAGCAGUACUUUAUCUGGACAGACUGCCUCUAAUGUAGCAGUAGGAACUUCUCCCUCAGAUUCAAGCAGUACUUUAUCUGGACAGACUGCCAGCGCCUCUGGACAUAACAUAACAUCAGCAUCUUCUGCAGUCACAAACAAUACUACGUCGGAAAAGUUAUUUACCCCAAAGAGUGAAUUAUCAGCUGAAGAGUUGAAACAAUUUGAAGCAAAAAAGUUUACUAUUGGAAAGAUUCCUUUUAAGCCACCACCGUCAGAACUUUUAAAUGUUUAGGACGUUUACAUUUAUUCUGUAAUAACGUGUUAUUUCAACUUCUCUGAUACCUCAACUUACACAGUUUUGUGGUCGAAUAAUGAACUAAAAUGCCUCUGUUUGAGUUAAUUUUAGUUUAAUCUCUUAAGUCUUCUGCAAUAAUAAAAUCAUGGGUAUAAACAUUUGAACAUUGGAUUUUAAUAUUUCUUGGUUGUUUUGGAAUGGACCUUUUACAUCGAAGAAAUUACGAAAAUAAAACUUAAAAUUCUCUUUUA